GCUCCCAAGCAAAAGAGAAUCACAUACAUACAUGUUUGUCAAAGCUGAGAGAGUUAGAGGGAGAGAGAAAGAGAAAAGGGGGAAUGCUGCCUGAAAUUACCAAAGAAAAUGACUCAACUGGUGCGGUGAUCAUACCUCCUUCGGAAACGAUGCUAUCGACAGCAUGGUCCAGGCUCCAUCUCUCUACACAUCGUAAUUAUCUUACUUCUUUGUAGACACUUACUUUCAGUGCUGUUUAGACCAUGGCUUCCACAGGAUGGUUUAUGGUGGUUCUAGUGGGCUUUUGGAGUCAGUUAAGCCCUAGUUGGGGAGCUAAUAACAGGCUUGGCAGAUACCGCUACCAGCGCAGGAACUGCUUCACCUGUUUUUAUGGAUACAGUGGCUACAACACGGGACACACGCAUGGUGCAGAUAUUGAUGAGUGUCAGGUCUAUAAUGGGGGCUGCCAGCACCGAUGUGUCAACACCAGGGGCUCGUACUACUGUGAGUGCAACCCGGGCACCCGUCUGCACACAGAUGGCCGGACUUGCAUCGCCGUCCGAUCCUGUGCCGUCAGCAAUGGAAGCUGUGAGCAGAACUGUGUGCAACUGUCCCCGGCUCACUACCAGUGUCGCUGCAGACCCAACUAUCAGCUCGCAGAGGACGGCAAACACUGCAUACUAAGAAACCUCUGUGCAGACAGAAAUGGGGGCUGUAUGCACACCUGCAAGAAUGAUGGAGGAAGAGCUCAGUGCAACUGUCUUCCUGGAUACAUACUGGCACAGGAUGGCAAAAACUGUGAAGACAUUGAUGAGUGUGAGACCGACAAAACUGCUUGUGCCCACGGUUGCCAUAACACCCAGGGCUCCUUCACCUGUGUCUGUAACCCAGCAUACGAGUUGGGUGCCGAUGGCAGGAAAUGCUAUCGAAUCGAGAUGGAGAUCGUGAAUGGUUGUGAGACUGCCAACGGAGGCUGUUCCCAAAAGUGCCAACACUCCACCCUUGGACCUGUCUGCAGCUGUCACCACGGUUACCACCUGGACGACGACCUCAGGACAUGUGUGGACUUGGACGAGUGUGAGGUGGGAAGCUCGUGCUGCGAGCAGGACUGUACCAACUAUCCCGGGGGUUACGAAUGCUACUGCGGGGCUGGCUACCGUCUCAAUUCGGAUGGGUGUGGCUGUGAUGAUGUGGAUGAGUGUCUGGUAGACAACGGAGGCUGUGACCAUACCUGCCAGAACACAGCCGGCUCCUUUCAGUGCUACUGUCACCUAGGACACCGGCUAGAUGAGAACCGUGUCUCUUGUAUUCCCCUGGAGGGGGCAGUAGAGGCGUUGGAGUGGAGCAGUCGCAUCGCAGUGGAGCGCCCUCUGCCCCAGAUAACCCUGCUGGGGGAUUACUUCCAGCCGCUAGAGCGUUAUGACGACUACGAGGAGGACAGCCUGGGAGAGCUGCGGGCCCAGAGCACCCUCACCCAGACCUUUGUGUGUCUAAACAACACGUUUGGUUACGACUGCAGCCUGACGUGUGACGACUGUUCCAACGGUGGCGUGUGUGACAUGGAGGAGGGCCACUGUGACUGUCCUGAUGGGUGGACAGGUGUUGUCUGCAACCAGACUUGUCCAGAGGGCACCUUUGGCAGGAACUGCUCCUUCAGCUGUAAGUGUAAGAAUGGUGCCACCUGUGACCCUGUGAACGGGCACUGCCGCUGCCCGCCUGGCAUCAGUGGGGACAUGUGCCAGGAUGGCUGUCCUAAGGGCCUGUAUGGGAGACUUUGCAAUAAGAAGUGUAACUGUGCCAAUAACGGGCGCUGCCAUCGUGCCUAUGGAGCCUGCCUGUGUGAUCCCGGGCUCUACGGGCGCUUCUGUCAUCUAACCUGUCCUAAGUGGGCGUUCGGCCCUGGCUGCUCGGAGGAGUGCCAGUGUGUCCAACAGAACACCCUAGAGUGCCACCGCAACCAUGGCUCCUGUGUCUGCAAACCAGGCUACCAGGGAAAGAACUGCCAGGAGGAGUGUAAUAGAGGAUACUAUGGCCUGGCCUGCAAGAGGACAUGUCAGUGUCCAUCUAGGGUACCCUGUGAUCAUGUGACAGGGGAGUGUCUGAGCCAGUGCCCACCUGGCUUCCAUGGGGACAACUGUGACCUAGACUGUCCAGAGGGUUACUACGGGGCUGGAUGUAACCAAUCGUGCCACUGUUCUGGCUCCCCAUGUGACAACAUGACAGGACAAUGUCACUGUCUUGCCGGGAUGAAGGGACAGCACUGUGAAACUGAGUGUGAGGAGGGUCAUUGGGGAGUGGGCUGCUCAGGCUCAUGUCCCCACUGUCAGAACAGGGGAGUGUGUGACAAACACAAUGGAGUGUGUUUCUGUCAACCUGGAUACAUGGGCACCUUGUGUCAGAGCGCCUGCCCGGUGGGUAGAUUUGGCCUGGGUUGUCGGCUACGUUGUUUGUGUGAUAACGGUGGGCUCUGCCACCCAAGGACGGGCAACUGUGCCUGUCCUGUAGGAUGGACUGGACCCAGCUGCAGCAGAGCAUGUGAUGCCGGGCGCUGGGGGGCGGACUGUGCUAACAUGUGUGAGUGCCCGGGCAGCGAUGGCAGCUGUGACCUCAUCACGGGGCAAUGUCGCUGUGAGGCGGGCUACACGGGACCCCGCUGCCAACAGAAGUGCCCAGAAGGCUCGUUUGGCAUAGGCUGCAGACACAUGUGCCAAUGUGCCAAUGAGGCGGCCUGUGAGCAUGUUAGUGGAGCCUGCACCUGCCUCAGUGGUUGGACCGGCACAUACUGUGAAAAAUCAUGUCCUGACGGCUUCCAUGGGCUGGAGUGUCAGCAGCAGUGUCAGUGUUCUAACGGGGGCCGAUGUGACCACCUGACGGGUACCUGCCACUGUCCAGACGGCUGGGUCGGACCACAAUGCAACAUCACAUGCCAGGCAGGGUGGUUUGGCCGUGGGUGUGAACACACCUGUGGAUGCCGUAAUAAUGCCACCUGUGACCCUGUGAGUGGGCAGUGCCAGUGUCCGCCAGGGUGGAUCGGCCCCAGCUGUGAGAAAGAAUGUGUCGAAGGCUUUUAUGGACAAGACUGCCAUCAUCACUGCCUGUGUCACAACGGAGGGGUGUGUGAUCAGUUCUCUGGGCGCUGCUCGUGCUCCAACGGAUGGACUGGGGCAGCCUGCGAACUGGAGUGUGCCCAUGGCUGGUUUGGGGCGGACUGUGCUCAGCCCUGUGAGUGUUUGAAUGGUGGUGUGUGUGACCAUCGCAUUGGAAAAUGCAGCUGUGGCCCAGGCUGGGUAGGACAGCACUGUCAGACAGCGUGUGAGGCUGGCCUGUUUGGCCCAGGGUGUGAGGAGCGGUGUCGAUGUAACCAUGGGGAUAUGUGUGACCAAGUCAGCGGUGUGUGUGUGUGUCCUCCUGGUUGGAGGGGACCCAAGUGUGACAGAGCCUGUUUACCUGGCUCCUAUGGGAAUGACUGUCUGAGCGACUGUAACUGUCCCCACGGUACUUCCUGUAACCAUGUGUCUGGCAAAUGUGGCUGUCCCCCUGGAUUCACUGGCAAUGGCUGUGAGCAAACAUGCCAAUCUGGCACAUAUGGGCUGAACUGUAACCAGGUGUGCCAGUGCUCUGGCACCAACCAGCUGUGCCACCCUGUCACCGGCUUCUGCUUCUGCGCCCCGGGUUACCAUGGCAACAACUGUGAUCAAGAGUGUGACAUGGGACGGUAUGGCCCAAACUGUGAACGCCCGUGCCAGUGUCUGAAUGCUGGUGUGUGCCAGACCACCACGGGCACCUGUCAGUGCCCAUCGGGGUACAUCGGAGCAGACUGCAACACCACAUGCCCAUCAGGGCGCUAUGGGCAGGACUGUGCCAGGGUGGCCCUGUGUGGCGAGGGGGCACGAAGUGACCCAGAGACGGGCAGGUGUGUGUGCAAGGCGGGCCAGCGGGGAGAAGACUGCAGACAGGAUUGUGCCCAGGGCUGGUAUGGGGAAGACUGUGGCCAGCACUGUAACUGCAGUAACGGUGGUGUGUGUGAACUGGUCUCUGGAGGCUGUACCUGCGGACUAGGCUGGACCGGACCCAGUUGUGAUACAGAGUGCCCAUCGGGGAGUUACGGAGCCAACUGCAAAUUGCAGUGUGAUUGUCAUAACAACGGGACAUGUGACAGAGUGACGGGAGAGUGCCAGUGUGACCCGGGAUACUAUGGUCACCUGUGUGAACAUGCCUGCCCUGCUGGUUUCCAUGGCCACCGCUGUCAACGCCAGUGUAAGUGCCGAGGCCUCGCCCCCUGUGACCCAAGCACAGGGCACUGUCUCUGCCCUACUGGUUACCAUGGAUACCACUGUGAGAAAGAGUGUGAGCAGCGUCGUUUCGGGGUGGGCUGCAACCAGUCAUGUGACUGCGAGGGGGACACCCCAUGUGACCCCAUGACCGGCCACUGUCUGUGCCCCACAGGAAAGAUGGGAACUCGCUGUGACACAAAUUGUCCAGUGAACCACUACGGCCCGGACUGUUCUGAAAGCUGUGAGUGUAGGAACGGGGCACGGUGUGAUCCACGGAACGGCCGCUGCACCUGUCUACAGGGCUGGAUAGGACCCACCUGUCAGGAAGGAGGGUCCUCACGUCUCCACAGCAGUCCCAACAGAAACCAAGAAAAUAAGCACUCACACACUCCUGUUCCAGUAUAGCACCCCCUACUGACUGACCCCCAGCUGGGGCUUACUGGUCACCUCUAGCGGCCACCGAGUUCGAAAUUGAACUGACACACUCAAAACAAUAGACUGUUUAUACAGAGAUGGGAGUGCAAUGGCAUGGACUUGAUGAACUAAAUACCAGUAGGUGUCAACAGAUAAUUUGUACCGAGACAUUCUAUUGGUGUCAGCGCCGGGACCUAUGAACUGGUAGAUGCCAUUUAUGGAGUUGUCUAAUCGCAGACAUUUAUGAAACAAUGGAGUUCACAUAACACACUACACUUGACGUCAUAGGAUUGAUUAUUCUACACUUCACGCUACGGGGUUGAAUCUGCUACAUUUUGCUUGAUGGGGUUGACUAUCCUACUCUUCACGUUACAGGGUUGACUCUGCUACACUUCACGCUACGGGGUUGAAUGUGCUACAUUUUGCUUAACGGGGUGGACUAUCCUACUCUUCACGUUACAGGGUUGACUCUGCUACACUUCACGCUACGGGGUUGAAUCUGCUACAUUUUGCUUAACGGGGUGGACUAUCCUACUCUUCACGUUACAGGGUUGACUCUGCUGCACUUCACGCUACGAGGUUGAAUCUGCUACACUUCACGCUACCGGGUUGACUCUGCUACACUUCACGCUACGGGGUUGACUCUGCUACACUUCACGCUACGGGGUUGACUCUGCUACACUUCACGCUACGGGGUUGACUCUGCUACUCUUCACGUUACAAGGUUGACGCUGCUACACUUCACACUACGGGGUUGACUCUGCUACAUUUUGCUUGAUGAGGUUGACUAUCCUACUCUUCAUGUUACAGGGUUGACUC